AUGGGGUCGGAUUAUCUGGACCGUGUCAAGUCUUUGAUUAACUCUGGAAAGGGGUCUGAUGUCGGUUCCUCGUCAGGCUCAGCUUCCGAGCCGCCUGCUUCCAUAAUUUCGUCAUCUGCCUCUUCGGACGAUGACUCUGCAUCUACUGCUUUGUCACUGUCGGGAUCCUCUACUUUGGACUUGCCAAUUCCUUCAAUGGACGAGAUCGCGACUCCUUCGACUGCCGUUACCAACUUUAAAUCGACCUACCGCAACUGGGUGGGACCUUGGACUCAGUCCUCGGACUCGGCUUGCUAUCGCGAAGCUCACUUCAUGAAAAAGUGUCCGAGCAACUAUGACCGUAAUGAAUUAACCAACACGUGCUGGACGGAGUGUCCGAUGGAUUAUCCCGUGGAAUGUGGCAUGCAGUGCAUCCAACAGAACAAUGACUGCGGUCGUGAGAACGUUGCCAAGAUUUCUGCCGUUGCCAUGUCCGCCCUGAGUAUGGCCACCUUUGGUGUGUUCGGUCAAUUGGCAAAGUAUGGAAAACACGUGACCUGGGCCGCUCGAUGUGCCAAUUAUCUCAUGACUUUCACGAGAGCUGUCGUGCGUUUCACGCGUAACCAAAUGAUCAACGAACCGGAGACUUCGCAGGAGAAACUACUAUUGCUACUAUACCAGACCAAUUACGUCGUCGCUGAUCUUCCUGGUACCAUCUAUGCGUGCUCAGGCAAGACUGUGCCGGCAAGUAUCACAUUAACACGCCAGAUACUGCCCACUGCUCAGUUCCUCCUUUUGUUGGUGCUCAGCUAUGACGACGACAUUAUUAAAAGUUGGGAAAAAUUUAAGGCUUUCAUGAAAAGGGCCAACUUUACGGAAGCCGCAGAACAAAUUACGGAGGAAGAGAUCUCAAGCUUGGAAACAGCUAUGAAGCAGAACUCCACAUGCGGAGACGACCUCAAGACGUUGACCAACCAGGUCUGGAUGACGGUGGACGAGUACAGGCAGAAGAAUCCUAAGAUCAGCGAAGCUGAACUCCGCUUGAAGUUAAGCGAGUCUGAUCUUAUAUUAUACGACAUCCCGGCGGUAACCAACAACUGUAUGACCAAAAUGAUCUCCGAGUCUACGGUGGCCACAGCGUACAAGACACGCGACACACUUCGCAAGACCUAUGCAGUGAUGAUCGACGAUCUCAUCAAGUCUGGCAAGAGCGACAAUGGCACAUCCAUGGCCACAAAGCACAGCGCUUAUGUAUGGAUCGACAAUGCUCUGACCUUUGCAUCAUUCGGUUGGGACCCGACGGAUUUAUCGACCCUGUUUGCAGAAUACCUCCAGACCAUUUGUGGCCCUACCCAGUUCAUGGGUGAAAUUGACGACGGGGAUGAAGCAGCCACUCUGGGUAUGAGCGCGCUUCACAAGGCUUUCAAGAACAGUACGCUGACUUGGACCAAGAAGGGCGACGGUGCUGUUGUUAUUAACUUCAAGAGUAAGGACACGAAGGAUGUGACCGUUAAUAUCAUGUCCGGUGGUGACAAGAUCGACGAAGUCGACCUUAAAGCUGGCGGCUCUGCACAAUGGAGAUCAAAUAUUACUGCACUUGGUGGCAAGACUCUGUACCUAGAUCGUUGGCGUCCGGGGUUUCUCGGUCUCCCUGGCACGGGCGGUGGUUCGUUGGUAUUGUGGGUACCCAUUUCGCGCGAGGGUGGCCAUUUGGAGCUUAAUGCUCAGCUCAAUGUGAGCUAG